AUGAAAGUGAUGGUGCGGCCACGAUUGAAGAGCUCAUGCGAAUCUCGAGCUCAUUUUCAUAAGGUAGGCGAAAAUUACACCACUGAUGGAUAUAUCACUACCCCGCACACGAAAGAGCUCUUGAAGAAACACCUUGAGGCCACUGGAGGAAAGGUCAUCACUAGGUUUCCACCGGAGCCAAAUGGUGUUUUACAUAUUGGACACGCGAAGGCUAUUAAUAUCAAUUUCGGAUAUGCGAAGGCUCACGGAGGGCAGUGUAACCUGAGAUUCGACGACACCAAUCCAGAAAAAGAAGAAGAGAAGUUCUUCACUGCCAUUGAAGACAUUGUUGGGUGGUUAGGGUACAAGCCAGCUCGUAUUACACAUUCAUCAGACAAUUUCCAGCAGUUAUAUGAGUGGGCUGUAGAAUUGAUAAAGCGAGGACACGCGUACGUAUGUCAUCAGAAGGUCGAGGACAUGCGAGGAUUCGAUGUGCAGCUUUCACCAUGGCGCUCAAGGCCGAUUGAGGAGUCGCUGCAGUUGUUCGAGGUAAAUUCAAUGUUAUGA